UUGUGUUUGUGUAGGUGUUGAAAUGGCGUCAGCAGGUAGACGUAGUCCAGAAUAUGAUCGUCCUGACAUGAGUGAUCUGAGGAUUGUGCUGAUAGGAAAGAAUGGAUCAGAAAACAGACGGGUGGCAAACACUAUACUGGGACCUCAUGUGUUUGUACUCGUAAUGCAGUUUAACAACUUCAGUGAGAACGACAGACACGGAGUGAAAUAUGUGCUGAACCUCUUCAGUUACCAGGCCAUGAAACAUACUAUAGUGCUGACUACUGAUGAAGAGCCACGCGGAUCAAUAGUCGCUUCUAGGAAUAACACUAUUCAUGAUUUAAUAAAGGAGUGUGGAGGAAGACAUCUGAAGUUUUCUACAGUAAGCACAGGAUGGCGCUUUGAGUUGUUCAGAAGGACAGAAGAGAUACUCAAGAAAGAAUGGAAAGAAUUUCUCAUCUGUGACACGUGUGAGGAUGAAGAGGAGGAGGAGUCUGGUCUCAAUGAGAGCACAAAAACAGCAAGUUAUGGAGGAGAUCCAGAGGGUGUGAAGCUGAAUCUGGUUGUGUGUGGGAGUAACAGAGAAUUAAAAUCCUUCACAUCAAAGCUGAUCCUGAAGCAGAGCGAGAGAAGAUCAGAGCUGAGCUCAGAGUGUGUGAGGAGAGACGUGGAGCUUGAUGGACGUCUGAUCAGUCUGGUGGAGCUUCCAGCUCUGUUCAACACUCAGCUCUCAGAGGAGGACGUGCUGCGUCAGACUCACCGCUGUGUGUCUCUCUGUCAUCCUGGAGUUCAUGUGUUCAUCCUCAUCAUUCCUGAUGCUCCACUGACUGAUGAAGACGAAGCAGAAAUAGAGGAGAUCCAGAGGAUCUUCAGCUCAAGAAUCAACAAACACAUCAUGAUCCUCAUAAAGCAAAAUCCAGAGCAUCAGACAGCAGAACUAAAUGAAGAAACACAGUCUGUCAUUGAGAGAUUUGAAGGACGCCAUCAGUUCAUUGACCUGAACACACAAGUGUCUGUGUUGAUGGAGAAACUGGAGCAGAUGGUUGAGGAAAAUAGUGGUGUUUGUUUCUCCACAGAGACACUGAUGGAGGCACAGAUGGAAAAACUGCUGAAAUUUGAAGAAAUGAAGAGGAGAAUCUAUUCAUUAGAGACAUGGUUUCAGUCACAAGAUUCAAGAGAAAGAGAAGAUGAACUGAGGAUUGUGCUGCUGGGAAAAACUGGAGUUGGGAAAAGUUCAACUGGAAACACCAUCUUAGGAAGAGAAGUGUUUAUAUCAGACUUUUCUGAAGAGUCUGUUACUAAAGAGUGUCUUAGAGAGAACGCUGAAAUCAGCGGCAGACACAUUACUGUGAUCGACACUCCAGGACUGUUUGAUACUGAACUCAGUAAUGAACAAAUCCAGAGAAAAAUCAGCAACUGCAUCUCUAUGAGCCUGCCUGGACCACAUGUGUUUCUCUUAGUGAUUCCUCUGGGACGAUUCACUCAAGAAGAACAAACAGCAGUGAAGAUCAUCCAAGAGACAUUUGGAGAGAACUCUUUAAUGUACACCAUGGUGCUCUUCACCAGAGGAGACUUUCUGAAGAACAAAAUCAUUGAACAGUGUUUGGGAAAACUUGGAUCUGCUUUGAAUCAGCUGAUUGAAGCAUGUGGAAACAGAUUCCAUGUGUUCAAUAAUGAGACUGAAGACCGAACACAGGUGACCGAUCUACUGCAGAAGAUAGACAACAUGGUGAAAGCAAACGGAGGGAGUUACUACUCAUGUAAGAUGUUCAGAGAGAUGGAGAGAGAAAUACAAGAACAACAGAAGAACAUACUGAUGGAGAAAGUGGAGCAAGUGAACAGAGAAAGAGAAGAACUGAUGAACAAACAUAAAGAAGAGAAACAGAAGAUGAAGAUAAAGAUGGAGGAACAUCAUGACAAAGAGAGAAAGAGAAGAAAAGAAGAAUUUAUUGAGAGAGAAGAACGAUAUAAAAGAGACAUCAAAGAAAGAGAAGAACAAGAGAGAAAAAUACAAGAGGAGAUGAAGAGGGAACGAGAGGAAUGGGAGAAUCAGAAACAACAGGAAAGACAAAGAAGAGAAGAAGAGGAGGAGAAAUGGAGAAAGAAGGAACAGACAAUGUGGGAUGAACAUAAUCAGAGACUUAAACAAGAAAGAGAGAGAAUGAAGAUGAUGUUGGAGGAAGAAAGACAGAAUCAUGAUCAAGAGAGAAAGAGAAGGGAAGAGGAAUAUAUGGAAAGAGAAGAACGAUUUAAAACAGAGAUGAAGAGAGAACGAGAGGAAUGGGAAAAACAGAAACAACAGGAAAGACAAAGAAGAGAAGAAGAGGAGGAGAGAAGGAUAAAGAAAGAAAAGGAAACAUGGGAUGAAUAUUAUGAGAAACUUAAACGAGAGAGAGAAAGAAGACCGAGAGAGAGAGAAGAUCUUCAGUUCAAACAUGAAGAAGAGAAAGCCCAGGUGAAAAAGAAAUACACUUAA